CUCUGCUACAUGUAUAGCCAAUAAAAAUUAGGAAUAAUUUCACUGAGGUUUGUUAUAAAAGUCGUUGAAAUUUUCAGCAUCUUUUCGGUGAAUAAUUUGAUAACAGUUAGUCUACAAGACAAAGAAAGUUACUUAGUGAAGUCAGUAAUUAUGAAAUCGUUCACCUUUAUGAAUCUGCUGUCAUUCCUACUAUUUACUGGUGUAUUAAUGUUUUCCGUGAAAGGAUUAGUAAUGCCUGAGAGUGGCAGUAUUGACUUUCAAACAAAACGCUGGACAGAUUUUAAACGUGCCGCCAGAGGGAUAGACUAUGCACUGCCAUAUAAUUCUGAAUAUACACGUCGUCAGUUAUACGAACACAGGCCGAGUUUCAAUGAUCUUUUAAUUUAAGAUGUGAAAACAAAACUACCUAAUUUGAUGUUCACUUUUUAUCAUGAACUGAUGACGACGAAAGCCAGUGUACUUUUAACAAACUAACGAGUAAAUAAAUAAUAUAAAUUCAAAGAUA